GCUGUUCACCAGGGGAACCGUGUGAUUAUGGGUAUUUAACGAUGACUUGUCGAUGUUGGAAUGUAUGCUCCCCGAGGCCUCCGAACACGAACAUGAAGGAAUCUGUUGGACGUGUCGUGCAAAUUCCGCAACCACAAUCGCAACCGAACCACAAACAUCGAUCGGUUUCAUCCCUUUCCCGAUGGAUGAAGUUGUACACACUCCAGCCAACACACUGGGACGGCUGGAAGCUUUCGGGGCGAAGAAUGGAAUGUGCGUCGUGCGUUCGGAGCAACCCCGGACACACCACGCCUGACAACGUUGAACAAUUUUCCGGUGUGAAAGACUCCUGCAGGAGCUUGCCGGAAGAAGUCCCACCGUGGCAGAUGCUUCCAUUCCCCCUCCCAUGGCGAUGGUCCAUUCCCGGGGACCCUGCGGGGAAGUUUGAGGUGGAUCCCGCCGCGUUACCCAUUGGAAGCAGACGGACGCGACCGUUCAUUUUUAUAUUAUUGCUUAUGCUCCACAUGCUACCAUCAGUGUCACUGGUUGUGUACAAAAAAACGACAAAAUUCUUGGAGAUGCCGGGUAUCGAUCCCGGUACCUCUCACAUGCUAAGCGAGCGCUCUACCAUCUGA